AUGUUGUCGUCAAUCACUAUCCUUACUCUGCCUGCCUUGAUACUUGCAUCUCCAACACUACACAAGAGGCUGGCAAAUGGACUAGCACUCACUCCGCCUAUGGGCUGGAAUAGCUAUAACCAUUACAACUGUGCUCCCAACCAAAGCAUUAUCCAUUCCAAUGCCGAAGCUCUGGUAUCCCUCGGUCUUGCAGACCUAGGCUACACAUAUGUGACCACUGACUGUGGCUGGACUAUUCCGCAUCGUACAGCUGACAACAAGCUGACCUGGAAUGGAUCGCUGUUUCCCGCUGGCUUUCCUGCUCUAGGUCAAUACAUCCACGACUUGGGCCUCGGCUUCGGCGUCUACAGCGACGGAGGUGUGCAGAUGUGUAUGACUGGCGGAGUAAACCAAACAGGCAGCUUAGGACAUGAGGCGACUGACGCAGAGACAUUUGCAUCCUGGGGUGCCGACUUGCUCAAAUACGACAACUGUUAUUCGUCUGCUGAGAAAGACUUCCCCAACGUCGAUUAUGAGCCUCUCACCUCUCCUCAUCAAAACUAUGUCAACAUGCGAAAUGCACUUGACGCAACAGGCAAGAACUUGCUCUUCCAGAUCUGCGACUGGGGUGUUGACUUCCCUUCUGCAUGGGCCCCCGAACUGGGAAACACUUGGAGAGUCACCAACGAUAUCAUCCCGAAUUGGAGAACCAUCUUCCGCAUCGUCAAUCAAGUCGUCCCACAGACUGAUCAUGCUGGACCUGGCAGGUGGCUGGACCUUGACAUGUUAGAGGUUGGCAACAACAUCUUCACUCAUGCUGAGGAACAAACACAUUUUGCACUCUGGAGCAUCUUGAAGAGUCCAUUGACCAUCGGUUGUGCCUUGAACGAUUCUUUCACAUCGGUCUCGGCGAGUUCGCUAGCCAUCAUGAAGAACGAGAACGUUAUCGCAUUCAAUCAAGAUGCUCUCGGUGUAUCGGCAAAUUUGACACGCCGGUACAGCGAUGAAGGGUACGAUGUCUGGUCCGGACCGCUGAGCGGCAACCGUACGGUAGCUGCACUUGUCAAUUGGAAUAACCACUCCAUUGACGCAACGCUUGAUCUGCCUGAUGUUGGCUUCCAGAUUGCUGGAUGGGUGCGGGACGCCUGGACCAACGAAACAAGAAAGAACGUCAUGACUAGCUGUAAAGCAAGCAUCGAGGCACAUGGCACUCUAUUACUCGAGCUGGGCGAAACUGUACCAGCUGGAGUGUAUCAGCUUGAUGGCGCCCCCGUGUCUUCGCCUUGCAAUUUAAAAGUCAAUAAGCAAGGAUCCUCUUAUCAGAUCAGCACAGGUCAAUCUAGUGUUACCCUCCCUGUCACCCUGAUCGCCGGCAACAACAACACUCUUGCCAUCUCAACUACUAGCCCCAUCGAAUCCAUCACCAUCACACCUCCAAACGGAACAUUCUACCCCAACACUGCCUUCACCAUCUCCGGCCCUGGCAAUGCCAGCCACAUCACCUGCGUCCCGGGUCUCUGCGCUCCCCUUGGAGUGAAAAUCGGUGACUUGUCUCCAAACAACUCUGCUUCACUUACCAUCCCUGCCUCCGCCAAGGCUGUCGGAUCCAGAUAUGUGGAACUUACCUACAUCAACAACGACGUCGCCAUAUCUACAUCAUGGGGUGAAGGCCGCAAUGCCAGAAACAUAACCAUCAGCGUCAAUAACCAGACCACUAGACUUGAGGUUCCAUUGAGUGGCAGAAGUAGUGAACUCUAUUCAGCCAUGAAAGGCUGGGGCGAUAGUGCUGUAUUGGGGGUUUUGGUUGACGGCUGGAAGGAAGGUGAUAAUGAGGUUGUUGUUGGUAACGUGGGAGGUGAAAAGGGUGUGCAGAGCCUUGGAGCCGACUUUGUUGGUUUGAAGGUCUUUUAG